AGCCAAUCCAAUAUCAAGUCCCCAUGUCUUGCUCAUUAUUUUAUUUUUUUCGUGCCUGUCGUUGAAAAUGAAAAGUUAAAAGAAUAAAAGUGGACAAAUAAAUAAUAUUUCAUGUGCGGAUUUCAUUAUUAAAGUUAUUAAAAUCAUGGAAAAGAACCAAGUUUUUAUCUUAACCACAAUUAAAGAAUCAUAAUUUGCAGCAUUUAAACAACUAGAAAAACAUAAUAAUCCCUUACAAUUGUAGUUGAUUAAAAGUGUUUCCUUAUUUCUUCUAUUGAUUCUUAAAAACAAUGAAUCCAACUUGCAACAACGGCGGAGACAGCAACGGAGCAAAUAUGGGCAAUAAUGGAAUCUCAAACGGCUCAGUGAAAAAUCGAAUAUGCCGUGACUUUGUCCGUGGUAUAUGUCGCCGAAAACAUUGCCGAUAUCCCCAUGUUGUGUCACCCGAUUUAGUAGUCUUUUGUCACGACUACCAGAAUUCAACAUGCACCAGAGUCAACUGCAAAUUCUUGCACUACACUAUCCAGGAACAGGAGUAUUACAAGGACCAUGGGGAGUUUCCACCAGAGGUCGCCGAAGAUAACCAAUUGCCGUGCAACGAGUACGCAAUGUAUGGGCGAUGUCGCCACAAGGAUUGUUACAUGGUCGAUAAAGUACAAUCGACUCCAUCAAUGAGGGUCAUGGACCGCAUGGAUCGCCCACCAGUAUCGUCUUGGAAUCAUACGGAAUACAGGGAUGUGAUGGGUCGCCAAGGGGGGCAUAUUAAUGGCUAUGGAGCUAAUUGUGAUGAUUUUCCAUCCAUGAAGCGCCCAGCGAAUGUUGAUUCUCUCGAAAAUUCAGCAGCAUACAAACGUUUUAGGGAAGAUAUCGAGCGAAUCGAUAUAGUGGCAUUAGUUCGACGAUUUGAAGAAGAACACGUUAUGCUAAGGAGGCGUGUGGAAGCAAAUGAAAUAAAAAUUGCCGAACUUCGAGCUUCAAAUGAGUACUUGUUGGCCCAGAAUGCACAACUGCGACUCACCAAUGUUCAAUGCUCGGCGGUUGUCAAUCCAGUCACUAUGACACAAACAACUUCACAACAACAAACCCAACUUAUUGGUGGGGUUUCCAUUGCGCCCGUACAAGUUCAAGCUACACCUAUCGUAAGCAUUGCAACUCCGCAGACACAAAUUAUAACAUCGAGCGGUACUCCGCUUGCCAUCGCUGCCAACACUUCACAGGGACAGCAGUUGGCAAUAUCACAACAGAAUAUUACAUCUCUAUCGAAUACCAAUCAGCAACUUGCCCCGACCCAUGCGCAACAGAUUCUAGGUACAUCUCAAAUAACUUUAACGCCAGCCAUGGCCCAAGGGCUGACUAUAAAUACGUCGCAAGCUCUAGCCAUGUCGAAUGCAUCCCAACCCAUAAUUUCUUACCCUAUUAUGACACACAGCAUACUGCCACACUAAAAGAACUACUCAUGCGCCCUGCAGUUAAUCGCCACUAAUCCACUAUCAGUUUUCAAUUAUUUCCUCUUUAAAGAUGUAUCUUGAAAAACAUGUCAAAGUCUUUAAAAUAGUAGGCCAAUGAAUUUAAAACUACCUUUUAGUUAAUAAAAUUGUGUGUGUUGAA